CUUUGUGACCCAUGGAUGUUAAUUAUGUUAAUUUCCAGGUGUCUAAUCAACAACAACAACAACAACAACAGUCGUAUCUGCAUGUAUGCAUUGAAUAUUUGAGGACUGGACUCCAAUCAGGAAAUGAGCAGAUGAGUUGGGGGCCAGUAAAAGCAAUGCUCAGGUGCGAAGGCCGCUUGGGCUCGGCUUCUCGGGUGAUUAAAGUAGUUAAAGUACCAAGGGGCAUGGAGAUAAUGAGGCACAGGAAUGUCAGUAAUGCAGGGUCCCUUCCAACAAUCUUCAUUUCUCUAAGAGGUCAGUUUUGCUUGGGUUUCCUUAGCCAAGAACCGCCACAAUGCUUUUCUCCUUCUCAUAAGGCCCAUUGGUAUGAAACCCGGCCCCCUUGACGCUCCAGUAAAAUGUGUUGGACCUAGCUUGAGUGGGAGGCCCGUGCCAGGUAUUCAUGUCUGUUUAGCCAGUUGUCCUCUCUGUUGCUCGAUCUCGCAUGGCAACAAGUUGACUUUAAAGGAGGUUUGAGAGAAAAAGCAUUGAUUCUCUGUUUUCUUUGGACGCUAAGACAUUUCUUGAGUUUUGUCACAACUUUAGUUGAGUUAUUUUCUCGUUUCUAGUUCUUAACUAGCUAUCCCUCUCAAGGGUUGCAGAGUGCAGCCUAUAAUAUAGAGAUUAUAGGACUACAUUUGCCCUGGUUACACCCACAGGGUGCUGUUGAAGGGAGCGGUUGCUCUGCCUGUCAGCCUAAAAUUUGGCCCAGCAAUUUGCUCAAUUGUGAUUUCUUUGCUGCUGCCAAAUACUUUUUAAAUCUUGUGGAGGUUUAUCUGAAAGUGUUUUUUAUUUUCAUUCUAUUCUAACACAUUAUAUACCCUGUGCCUAAGCUAAUGAGGGGGAAGCCCGUUCGACUGGAGUGUUGCAGCAGUGGGCUUAGAAGGCCCAUGUGACCAGUGUCUCUCUCACAAACUACCACAGCAGUUACAUUUCACAGAGGAGCACUCAACUAAACAAAAAAUGAUUCAUAAUUAGAGGCCUGGCAUUAGCCUCAGAAACGAGAAGGAAACAUUGACCAAUAAAUCCACCUCCAUCAUCUUUGAGGUCACCACAACGUGUACGUCCUGAGUGGGCGCGCUGAGUAGCUGUCAGACGGGUUGAUGAAGGCCACAGAGAUGGACGGGUCGGUGUGACUGGUUUCAUUGGUUACCGUGGACUACAAAGACUGGCCUGGAGGGCGACUUGAGCCCCGUGUGUGUGUGCUUUUGUUGCCCCAUGAUCCUCAUCACUGGGCCCCAUACCUUCCCUUUCCCCUUCCUGACACACACAGUGUUGCGUGUGUGACUGUGUGCGCGUGCCCGGGCAGCACCGUGCAAUGAAGCCACUUCGGCUAUGCGUUUCUGCUGACAUUUCGGGCGAGGACUUGUAUGUGGCGCUCGGCUGACGAGUUGUGUGCGCCGAUUGGCCUGUCCCGCCCCGCGCUGCGUGUUUUGGAGGUUCAGCCCGGUUCAUGCGGUCGGCCAAAGCGCCUCAAGGAUGGGCUUUUGUUGUUCCUUAAGAACAAGAAACAGUCUGUGGAAUGCAGAGCGUUGAUAGCCAGAAGGUUAUGCUGUGGAGGGGGGGUGUGACAGCUCUGUAAAAGAUCCCUCCUUACCCAAAAUGCCCUGUGUCCUUAGCCAGAGCAUUAGGCUCUGGGUCAUGUGGCACUGCUGCUUUCUGUGGGGGUGGAGGGUUUAUCUCAUAAACAAAGUUCAUACUCUCUAGACAGAGGUCACUUCAUCAUUCCAAUCAUAUGGUGGCUCGCUGGCAACGGGCUGAUUGCUUUUCCGUUGGUGGAGCGAGGAUGCAAGUUGUGCUGCUUGCUGGUUUUCCUGGCAAAAGUCUCUUGUUUAUUUGUGUCUUUAUUUGAUUAUGCGUGGGGGUUAUUUGCAUCCUGCAACAGAGCCACAGAAUACAACACAGCAUAGAGGACACAUGUGAGUAAGUAAUAAGUUCUAGUCAAGACAUUUGUAUUGAUUAGCUACCUGUAUGUGUUCCAAUUCAACACAUCUCACUGAUGGAUGUCAUCUGUUUGACGAAACAGUUUGUAGUUCUCUGAUCUCAUUCAUUUGGUUAACAGAAAACGCUACAAUCAAAAUAAGCUAACGCUAAAUAUAUCCAAUGAAACAUGAAUUUAUAUCCGCCUCCUGCUUCCUGUGGCUUAGGAAAGCAUUAGGACCAACCUCCAACCUUGCGUUGUAGCUGUAAUUCAAAUGGAUUCCGUAUUUGUUUAACCGCUUCUCAUACAUUUCCACACAAACCUAUGAUGUCAGGGGGAAAACUUGCUUUUAAGAAAGCGUUAUGGUACCUCAUGUUACAGAACUUUUAUGUCGCUGCGCUCUAUUUCCUGUAUACAUACGACUGCUCAUACCUGCAGCCAUCAUUAAACACGGCGAACAGAUUUUUAAAUAAGGUCCUGAACAUGAGAAAGGGGGAUUGAGCCGACUAGAUUAUAUACCCUGUGCCUAAAUUAGGUAUAUUAGUAGUUGCUCGCGUCCAGUAUCGCAACAUUAAGUGCGAGGCCGUACAAGCUGUUUAUGCACCCAUGAGGGAGCAUACCUGUUCCUGCUUCUUCACCUGGUGGCUCAUGUGCGUGACAUGGGCACCACUGAAGAAACCGAUCCAUUGUGAUACAGGACAACACUAUAGGACUCGUGGUGCUCUUUUCUCAAAGACCUUUACAUCUUCCUUCCGCCGGUUUGAUGCCCCCGCUGUCUGAAACCUCCUGAAAUAGAAAUAAUAUUAAAAUAACAUCCCUAAAAUGUUAUUUGAUGAGGCGUUUUUGUGACCGGAUGUGUCACAGGUCCUAGUUGAUGACACGUGUUGUGUGAGCUGGAGAGAAAAGGGUCUCUGCUGUACUUUGCUGCAGGUACUCCGGUACACAUGUAGUACGCAGCAGCCUACGGCCCCCCUCCCGGGAGGAAACGGAUGGUGCUCCUUUCAGUCCACUGCACCCUGGGCAGGACUUCUUUGACUGCAACUCGGCCAGACCGCCUGACAGAAAAUUAGCCUUAAUUGGAAGGACUGCGGUAGGGACACUGUUAUUUGUGCCCCCCACCCCUCCUAACUGCACCACUGGAAUCACUAACCUGUUCACUCGCAUUUGUAUGCAAACUAUCCUGCAGGGGAAGAUCCAGAUCAGCCGAUCCUUUCUUUCUCUGAGACUUUGUACAGCGGGGUGUCAGCCCCCCGCCCCACCUCCCCCCUCCUCCACAGCUAUUCUGAAGAGCGCAUAUAAUCAGAAUUGGAUCAGUGUCCAGAAUUCUGGGAGAUACUCUGUGUUGGAGUUAUUCAACCGUUUGCCAUGGAGACUCAUGCACAGGCAUGCUGGUGAUUUUCACUUUUCAUUUCACACUCUGUCGUCUCUGGUUGGAACAUAUCCCUGCGUCUUCUGCUCCCUGCAGCACCACAGCACCGCGCUGGAUGCAUCACUGUAUCCGUUUAGAACAUUAGAUCCAAGACUCCUGAUGCUAGUUUCAGAAUUUCAAUGCAAAACACAACCCAACAUUGCACUGGAUGUUUUUCCUGGGACACCUUAAUCUUAAAAGUUUUUUUGUAAUUUUUAUUGCUUGGACACCAGUGUGACAGGAUUAAUGUCAUUACUCCGUACUGCACGUCCCUAAUCCAAACUGAUUAGAAAUGAAAUAAGUGAGUCAGUUUCUUCAGUUUAUAUAGAUGUAUGUAUCUACUCAAAGCAUGUGCUGCACAGCCGGCCCAAAGCAAAAGGAACAUCUCCAGUACACUAGAAAAUGGGAUGUGGUUAUAAAAUGACACGUCAGGUUGUACAGUCCCCGCCUACUGUGUUCUAUAGAAACCCCAUACUUCAAUUACCUGCCCCAACCCAAUUUGUGGUAUUUCUAUUUUGACCCAAAUCUGUUCAUACGGUUGCCUCUGAUGCAGCAGACAUUACACAGGUUAAUGCAGCAUACCGGAAGGGCUGUCUGUUCAGCUUGAACUCCUCACUCAGCUGUGAGAUGUUCUCCCCUUCAGCUGCGUCAGAGAGACCGACCUUACCCACGCACGCAUCAGCGGCAGCCAUGUUGGAAAAAAGGGCUCAGAGCUUCAGGUGGUACUCUUGUAGGAAGAGAGAGAGGGAGAAAGCGAGAGAGAGAGAAAGAAGAAAGGUGGAAAUGGAACUGCCCAACCAUGCCAAACAACUGCUGCUGCAACUCAACCAGCAGAGAGCCAAGGGGUUCCUCUGUGAUGUCAUCAUCGUGGUGGAGAAUGCACUCUUCCGUGCCCACAAGAACAUCCUGGCUGCGAGCAGCAUUUAUUUCAAAUCUUUGGUCCUCCACGAUAACCUCAUUAACCUCGACACAGAGAUGGUUAACCCCUCUGUAUUCAGACAAGUUCUGGAUUUCAUCUACACUGGGAAGCUCCUGUCCUCAUUGGACCAGAGCAGUGAGCAGAACUUCAGUGCCCUCUUAACCGCAGCUAGCUACCUCCAGCUUCAUGACCUCGCUGCUCUGUGCAGAAAAAAGCUCAAGCGCAAUGGUGGGAAACCCCUGCCAGGUAAACCCUCCACUCCAGGUCCCCUUAGCCGCUUACGCCUCAACAACCAGCGCCUUUCCACUUCUACCCCUGCUGGCCCCAAAAACCACUACCCAACCCCUUCCGAUGCCGACCAGCCGCAGCCAGAUGAAGGCCUUCGGGACAAGCUCUCAGAUGACGAAAUGUUUGUUGGCAGCUCUGCAAGGAACGGCAAUGGGGGGAAUGGCAGCAGUAACGGUAACCUCAGCAGUGGAGGAAGUGCUGGGGAGCCAGACCUCGGACUGGACUUGUCCAAGAAGAGUCCUCCCUCUGCGGGCACAGCCACUGAUGCCCUGAGCCCACACAGCAACUCCCAAGAGUCUCCUCAAUCUGCCUCAGUAUCCACAACCAACAGUGCCUCACUGGAUGACUCUUCUACCACCCUACCAGGUCUAGACGCCUGUGGCUCAGAAACCACGGAUCUCAAUCCUAAAGCCUCAGAGGAAACUCAAAACCAGCCUGAUGGCCCCCCGCCCCAAAAGAAAUCCCGGCAGGGUGCUCGCAAGAACGAAUGGCCUAAGAAAGAAGCGUCAGGGUUGAAGUCCGAAGACCACGACAGGCCACUGGUUAAUGGGGUGAUUGUGGGUCCUAAAGAUGGCCGCUCCUCUGACCAGGCCUUUCAGUGUAAAGACGAGGAAGACGCUGGAGAGAACGGCCAGGACCACACUGACGAGAGCGGGCAAAGUGACGGAGAGAGUGCAGGAGGUCGAGGGGGAACGGGAGGGGGAAACCACAGCGCCAACUACGUGUACAGGCAGGAAGGUUUUGAACCGGCAUUCGGGGACAACCUCUACGUGUGCAUUCCCUGCGGCAAAGGCUUCCCCAGUUCUGAGCAGCUCAAUGCCCACGUAGAGACGCACAACGAGGACGAGCUCUACAUCAAAGAGGAGGGAGGCACCUUUGUGAAAGAGGAGGACGAGGAGGAGGCAGAGGACCUCUCUGCGGCCGUGGGCCCUUCCAGCUUUGGUUCUGAGGCGCGUCCGUUCAAGUGCACAGUCUGCAGUAAGAGCUACAAAGACCCGGCCACGCUGAGGCAACACGAAAAGAGCCAUUGGCUGACCAGGCCUUUUCCCUGCAACAUCUGUGGCAAAAUGUUCACCCAGAGGGGCACCAUGACACGCCACAUGCGCAGCCACCUCGGCCUCAAGCCGUUUGCCUGCGAAGAGUGCGGCAUGCGCUUCACACGCCAGUACCGUCUGACGGAGCACAUGCGCGUCCACUCUGGGGAGAAGCCGUAUGAAUGCCAGCUUUGCGGGGGGAAAUUUACACAGCAGCGUAACCUCAUCAGUCACCUAAGGAUGCACACCUCACCCUCUUAGAAAUGUAUCAAGCCAAAGAACUUUGGGAUAUAGAAGGAAAAUAAACCAUCUACCUUCCCCCUCCCCAUCUUAACAGCAAAGAAACGCACACGCACCCAUUCACAAGCAGACACUCGCAACUCCCUUCGUAGGAAUUCCGGUUUACGACAACCCGGCUUACUGGAUGAUAUAGCUGUUAGCCACAGGGAGGGGAAGGGGGGUCUAGGUGUUGGUGGGAACGUCAUAAUUUAUACCAAGCGACGUCUUCUCACCUCUCAGGAGUGACAAAUUACUCCCGUCUCUCGCCAAUGUCACAAAGCCAUGUUGGUGUGGCAAGACUUCUGGUCUGCAUUGCAAAGUCUGUCAAAUUUGAAUGUGGCUACUGAUGUAAAGUCGAGCCCCCCCUCACCUAGUGACCCUCAGCAGCUUGUCUGUCUUCUACCAUUUUUAAGGUUUUUCAGAUUGCUCCUCAAACUGAUCAACUCCAGAGUCCCCUCUGUAUGAACUCAAGUGCUAUCUUGACCAAAAACCCGUUCAAACAAUACUGGCAAUAAUUCUGCAAAAAAAAAAUAUUUUUUAACACAGCUUUAUAUCCAUUGUUAUGUUGGUGAUGGGGAUCUGUGUGUGAAAGGAGGGCUAACUGGGGUUGAGACCAUCUCCAUGCUUUAACUGACAGUCCUGAAAGAAAUGGAAUGACAUUGGAUUAAGUUUUUGUUUUACAGACCAUUAAUAAGCAAAGUCUCUCUCUGUGGCUGCUCGCAGCAAUACAGGGUGAAUGUUCAUUGUUGUUGGUUUUGCCUGCUUGUGAUCCCAGGAAUGAAUCCUGGUUGGAUAGACAAACCCCCUUGAGGUACUUGAUUUACUUACAGAACUUAUAAUGUUUCAGUGAAUGUUUAAACUGGAAAGUCUUGGGAUGUAUCCCGAUGGGGGGAGGGGGUUUGGCUGGAUUGGAUUGGGUGGGUAGUUUAAGGGGAGGUAAGGAGAGGGUGUUUUAGACUGAACAUGUUCAGUGGGUACGUUUUAUUUUUUUUGUCUGUAUAGCUUUCAUCCCCUCAGAAAAGAGUCUAUUUAUAUAGGCUUAUGACCUCGCUACCUCUGAUUACUCUUACAAACUCUGUUGAUUAGUUGAAAGUUCCUAUGUAAUUAAUUGUAAAAAGUCUGUAGAUUAUGGUAACUUUUCACCUAAUGCUUUAACCUGCCCAUCUCUCAACACAUGUUUUUAAUGCUCAUAGAUUUUAGACAUUGAUAGUUUUUUCUUUAGCUGUCGUUUUUACUUGUCAACAGUUUUUUUUUUUGGGUGCCCUGCUCAGUAGUGUAGCUACCCGCCUGGAGCAAACAGUGGUUAGUUAGCCUAGAUGUAUAGUGUUCCAAAGAUCUAAUGAAUGUUGAGGAGAACAGAGCUAACUAACAUUGCUAGACAAGUUCAUAACCAAAGUUUAAAAAAAAGAGAUGUACUUAAGAUAUAUAGCAUACUAAAUUAUUUCACUUUUGAUUUCUUUUUUGCUGUAUAAAACAAAUUAUGAAUUUAUAUUCCAGACGAAGAGAUCCACUCUUUUGACGGAGCUUCGGCCAAUGACUCUGAGACUGAGGCAGCUUCUUGUGGUUUGCAAGGAAAGCUUGUGCUGAUUGGUGGGCUGGUGUGAUUUAAACCUGGUUACGUUAAAAAAAAAACAAUUUGGUUUAUAUCCAGAGUCCUUAUCACUUUAUAUUCCCUGACUUAAAAAAACAGGACUUUAUGAAAUUGUAUGUGUUCUGUUUCAGACCAAAAAAAAAGCAAAAAAAGAAGAAUUAUAAUCAGAAUUUUAAUGUGAAGUUCAAGUUGCUUGUUGGUUUACUUUAUCUUUUUGUUGAGCCAGACUUGUGAAAAUGUGUAAGAAGAAGGGGGAGGAAAAGAUGCACUGGACAUUUGGACAACCCACUGGUCUCCUGCGGCAUCCUUUUGUUUCUGAUUGUAUUCCAUGAUAUCGCAGAAUGAUUUUAAAAUUAUUUUUAACCUCCUAAAGCUUUACCUCAUCCUAAGCAACACUCCCUCUGCUGUCUGCUGGUCCAGUGCAUCUACUCUUACGCUGUGGAGCACCAACCUUCACCACAAGUUUUGGUAUAGGCAUUCCGUUAUUAUGUUGGUUCAACUGUCUUCUUGAUAUUCUUUUUUUUUUUUUUUUUUAAAUCCUCCUCGUUCCUUAUGUUUUGGUCUGUGACAUGCUGAUGCAGCUACAGCUACACAAACAUCACUACUGUUUUAAGGUACCUGCGUUUUGGACUCCCAGAGUUGUUACUUGGUUAUGUCUGUGUCUUGCAGUUAGAAGCAGUUUCCGUUUAGUGAUUGCAUGGUACAUUUACUACAGCCCCCCCCACACCAAAACCCCCCCAGAUAUGUUAUUUAUCGCCUGAUCCACUGUUGCUUGUGACCUCUCCUGGCUCAAGAGGGAGUCCACAAUGCAUUGCCUUCAAACGUUAUUGUACUUGUCGGCACUUAUUGCAGCUUAGCGUAAUGUCUGUAGUGCAAAAGGUGUUUUUGUACAUCAAAUUCUUUAGCCAUCUCUGCAAAAGACUUUGAAUGCUUGCUUGUUUGACACGACGAAGAAAAUAAUUCAACAAAACAAAAAAAAAAUUUAAACUCAAAACUGUGACCAUACUGCUAUUACUACUAUUGGUACUACUACUAUUCAACUACUUCAGGGACUGUUUGGCAUCUGUGGAUGCAGACUCUCAGCUACAUUUGUAAGACAUAGUAUUGUAUCGAUUUCUCUGUAUUUUAAUCAUGGGAAAAGCAAAAACACUAGUUUCAUAUUUAAGACAAGCAGGGGGGUACUUUUUCAACUAACGCAAAGAGCCUUGACAAAGGCCAGGCAGCUCGAAAAAAGUCUACAUUUUAGUUAGUGACGCGGUGUGUUCUGAUAUAGUUGCAAAGUUGUACAAAAAAAACUAAGAAGAAGAGGAAAAAAAAAGCUCAUACCCAAAUCCACAAACUAUUUUUUAAACCAAAGCACAUUUGAAUGAUUAUGGAACCAUGUGUGGCUCUAAAAAGAAACAUGUAUUUAUCUCCUUGUUUACAUAAACUUUUACAGUUUUACAGACCUCAGUCGAGGUUCGGCCAGUCACAGAGGUUGUGUUAUUGUUUUCUUUCUUUUUUGCUAAAGAUUCUUUUCCUUAUGUUGCUGCCAAAACAAAUGUAAAGCAUACAAUCCGGGGUGAACUGCUGCAUAUUCAAUUAAGGGGAGGGGUGUGUGCCAGCUGGCUUUGUGGUGACCCUGCACCCCGGUCCCCCCUGCCCUCUGGCCUGUCUUCAGAUGGGACCUCAGAACUAGGGGGCUUGGGGGGGGGGGGGGGGGCAGUGCGUCCUUGACGUGGUAAUCAAAAGGCAUUGUUAGCCAGAUCUUUAGCUCAAUUUAGUGUCUUUCUGUUACCCGAAUGCGCUUGAGGACUACCUCCACUGUUUUGGGUCUCGUACUGUGUUCACUGGUUUGGGUUGUUGUUUUUUUGGUAGUAUGGUACAUCUCUUUAUGCUGGAGAUUAUGAAAACACUACCUGGAGAGUGUAGCUCUGGUAUGUCCACUGCAUGUAAACAAGCCUAUCUGGUAGUCUUAACUGUGAAUGUUAUGGUUGUUUUUUUCUGCUUCUAUGAUGUUUUUGGAUUGUUUUUUUUUCUUAGCUGCCUGCACACUGCAGGUGAAAGCAGCACAGACCUCCUGGCUGGCCGAGCCUCCUACAAAGUUGGUGCAAACACUUAUUGACAGUGUUGUUAUUUUUUGUUUUUGUUUUUUAAUCAAAUGUUUAUUGUCAGUGAUGAAUGUAUUUAUUUCUGGUCCUGCCUUCCCCUCUGCAAAGAAUUAGCUCUGUGUGUGAGACCGAGGUGGAGGCAGGACCUCCUUUUUUGGGGGGGGUUUGUUUUGAGGUUUUCAAGCUGAGAAUCAAAAAUGAGACACAAAACAUAGCCAUUAACCACAAUCUGUGAACGCUGACUUUUUUUCUUGUGGGAAAACUGAUUUGUUUUUUCUCUAACUUAAAGAAAACGGUCAAUAACAUUUAAUAUCUACUCUUAGUUAUGCCUGACAGUCUGUAGGGUCUUUUUGUUAUUUUAAUUUCAUGUGUUUCACUAUGGGUGUUUUUUAUUUUUUAUGCGUUCUUGAGUUCUCGCUAAAUGACUGCACGUCAGGGGAGUUGAACUUUAACCCCUUGUGUGUGCGUGUCCAUGGACGCAGGCAGGGUGCUGUGACCUGCCUGUGCAGAACAGAGGCUACUGUAUCUUUUCAAUCUUGCUCUCGCUGGGUGUUGCCACUGUACUGCCUAAUUAAAAAAAACAAAAUAACAUUCACACAGCAGAAACCGGCACGCAAUCCGCAUUUCGCUCCAUUUUCAUGACUAUUGUUACAUUUCUGGUCUUUAAACCACUUCCCUUCUCUUUUUACAUGACGUAUGUGUUGUUUAGCGUCUUGUUGGUUCUACAUUGGAGGAGUUUAGAGACGUUGGGCGACAUAGCUUUACUAAGUGCACUUUGUAUGUUCUGUCAAAGCCUCUGGGAUAACCUACAGGGCGCUCUCAUAUUGGUUCCCAGUUAAACGACGCUCGCCCUGUUGUCUGUCCUUUUAGUUCAUCAUUUUUUUCUGUGUUUGGAAGUAUCAUAUCAUCAUGCAGUUUUAUGAAAGCUUUAAAAGUUGAAUAUACAAAGUAGGAAAACGCAAACCAAGGGGGCCGUGUUGUUUUUUUCGUCUCAUUUCGUGGUAUUAUCUGCCUGAUAUCCUUUUUUUAAAGCUGAGGGGCUGAUCUGUGUUUUUAUGGAGAUGCUCGUUCUUACUUCGGUGGACUAAAGCCAAAGACGAUUUGAAAACGGCCUUCGGUUGCUGUUGAAGCAUUUCUAAGCUUUAUAGUCUCCUUGCUUUAUCUCCGAUACGCCUGACCUUCUGCUUCAGCCCUUUGACCCUCUGUAAUCUCUCUCACUGCACAGGCGACUAUAUCCUCUGCUGCAUUCUUACGUUUCACAUCAGUGUUUACUGUACCUCCUAUGACAUUUUGCAGUAGUUACUAAAACACACCAGAUUACCUCAAAACAUUCAGUGUUUACAGAAAUGUGCUAUCUUGCCACUACAUCUUACUUUUGAUUUUCUUUGCCGUCCAUCCGUAACCAAAAUAUGAAGUAUGUAGCAGCAUAUUUUCAUGCUUAACCUUCAUUUCAUUUCCAUCUGUUUAUUGAAUUUACAAAGGCACAGUGUCACUUUGAUGUGCACUACAUUCAUGGAAAGACAUGAUUUAGCUGCUAAGGAGUAAAUUAAAUAAAUAUUUAUCUAGUACUUGAAAACUUGAUCAGUGGAGCUGCCCAUGAAGCGGGUGUAUCAAGAUUCCUCCUUGGUCUUGUUUUCUUUAGGAGCGUCUUCUCAAUAAUGUAUUACGACCGGUAGGCUGAGAGGCUCUAAAAUAGACGUUAGGGUCUUUGCUGAUCAAUAAUUUAGAGGCCGAGAAGCUCCUCCCCUUUGGCAAACACACUUGACGUGCAGAGAUGCACACGCCCAGGUGCAUUUAUUUUCACUGGCAUGUACGCACAUACACCUCCACCCAUGUGACCAACGCGCAUGCCAACGUCUAGACUUCAAACACAACCUGACGGCACGCACCAGUAUUUGAGGAAAGAUUCUGUGACCCUUCCUGUUUUUGUGGCUUUUGGCAGCACCCAGGUUGAGCUUCUCUCUUUAUCUCCAGUCCUCAGAGAGCUCGUAUUCAGGUCAGAGCUGCCGCCGCCGCCACUGCGCAUAGCGAUGGGGCUCGCUCAAACUCAAAAGUGUCAUAAAAGAAAAAAAAGUGUAAAACCGCUGACCUCAGCACUCACAACCUUGCAGUCUUAAUGUACAGCAGUGAGGAAAAAUAAACUGUUAUUUUAUGAUCUUUUCAUUAAAAGCUUGAUUGAAAACCAA